AUGGCCUUUCAAGCUGCUACGCAAAGAGCUCAGGUUCGUCGAACAGCAGAGUUUCACCCAUCCGUGUGGGGUGACUACUUCAUCAAGCAUGUAUCGGACAAUAAUAUGUUUUUUAACAAGUUCAAGGAUUCAGAAGGUAAUUCAAAGGAAUAUUUAAAUCAAAGAUGUGCGCAAGGCUGUUUGUUAAGCUUAUAUGAAGCUUCAUAUCUCCGUAUACAAGGAAGAAAACACUACCUAGACUGAAGCUCUUUUGAGUUCACUAAAAUUCAAAACACUUCAACCUUUAUCGUCAAACCCCAAUUGAGUUCUCCUCUUUCUGAAAUCAAACUUAGCCAUGCCUUAAGGUGGCCUGUGCGUAGGGGCUUACCCAGGAAAGAGGCUUGGCAUUACUUCUCUAUCUACCAGCAAAGCGAGGAACACAGUGAAACUCUGUUGAAAGCUGGCUAGAACUGGAUUACAAAUAUAGUGCAAAAUUUGCAUCAGAAGGAUAUGAGCAGCAUCCACAAAACUUGGAUUUUUCAACAACAAAACUUCCCUUUGCUCCGAGACCAGAGCUGAAUUCGAGCUCGAGACAGAGUGAUCGAAUGUUCGUUUUGGGCAUUAGGAACAUUUUCUGAGCCACACUUCGUUUUUGCUAGAAAAGUACUGUCUAAAGCCGUUGCUAUGCUGUCUGUAAUGGAUGAUAUUUAUGAUGUGCAUGGCACAUUUGAAGAACUUGAGCUUUUCACCAAAGUGAUUGAAAGCUGGGAUAUUAGCAUGAAAGAUCAACUUCCAGAUUACAUGAAGGUGUAUUUUCAAGCAUUAUUAGAUUUUUAUUCUGAAAUAGAGGAAGAAACAACCAAGGAAGGAAGGUCUUUCUGUGUUCAUUAUGCGAAAGAAGCGGUGGUUCAACAAGUGAUAAUGUGCAACAGUUGAAGAAUUAUUUCUAAUGCUGUGAUUAGUUUUCUACUUAUCCCUAAUGCUGUGAUUAGUUCUACUUAUCCCAUAUUGAUAACCUUAUCAUUUUGUGCGAUGGGUGAAGUUGCUUCAAAGCAAGUAUUUGAUUGGCUAUUCACUGAACCUAAACUUCUAUAUACUGCAUCAGGUCUUGCAAGGCUCAUAGAUGACAUUAUGUCCCAUGAGUUUGAGCAAGAAAGGGGACAUGUUGCUUCUGCAGUAGAAUGUUGUAUGAAGCAAUAUGGUAUGGUCGGUGGUCCAAAGCAGGAUAGCUUUACGAAAGCCUGAAUAUAAAUAGUUGCUAAUAUGUGGAAAGGAUCUGAACGAGAGCUGAUGAAAGAAAGUUGAUAUCCAAAACCCUAUUCUAAACUGUGCAUUCUGAACAUUGUAGUGUAUGGAAUGUUGUGUACAAGGAUGAAGACGCUAUACCCACAUCCAAACACUUCUCUGAAGGAUAUGAAGGAUAUUCUGGCUACCUUUUUAGUCAAUCCUGUGGCUGUUUAA